CUUUAUUUCUUUCGCAAUUCGCUCGAUCUUCAGUUCUCUUCCGAAGCUCCUACCUUGCGGUCGGGUUAUUUGCUAAACAAGUUAAAUCCAAUAAAUAAAGAAUAAAGAAACCGCUAUGGCUGAAACGGAAAUAAUAUCAAAUAGUGAGAAUAAUGACCAAUUUUUUGAAGGUGUAGAAAAGUUAAUCGAGAUUUGGUUCACGCCCGAAAAAAAUGCGGACCUCAGAAAAAUUACAAGACAACAAUGGGACAAUGUGCUGAAGAUUGUUGGCUGUGAGAUUAUAUCGUUUACCCAGAGCGACCAAGUCGACGCCUAUGUACUGAGCGAAAGUAGCAUGUUCGUGUCGCGCCGUCGGUGGAUCCUCAAGACGUGCGGGCGGACGACGCCGCUGCGGUGCGUGCGCGCGGUGCUCGCGCUGGCGACGGACGCGGGCCACGCGCGCGUACACAACGUGUUCUACUCGCGCCGCGAGUUCGCCCGCCCGCACGCGCAGAGAACGCCGCAUGAUAACUUCGAUUCCGAGGUGGAGCUUCUGGACUCGUUCUUCGGUGACGGACGGGCAUACAUCAUGGGUCCGGAGAAAGAUUGCUGGUACCUCUACACACUCUUGCCAUUGGAAGGUACUGUGGACGCGCUUGAGAAGGAGCAGCACGGCGGAUCGGCGUGGGAGGGCGAGCCCGACCAGACCAUCGAGAUCCUCAUGUCGGACCUCGACCCCGACGUCAUGGACAUCUUCACGCGCGCCGCCUCCGCCACCGCCGCCGAGGCCACCAAGGUGUCGGGCAUAGACAAGCUGAUCCCGGGCAUGGUGAUCGACGACUACCUGUUCGACCCCUGCGGCUACUCCAUGAACGGCGUCGCUAAACAUGGAGAUAAGGAUUUACCAAAUGGCGUGUACAUGACGAUCCACAUAACCCCCGAGGCGGCGUGCUCGUACGUGUCGUUCGAAUCCAACGCGCCCGUCCGCAGCUAUGACGCGCUGUUAUCGCGCGUGUUACGCACGUUCCGCCCCGGGCGCUUCGUGGUCACCGUGUUCGCGUCGGGCUCCGCCCCCGCCGCCGCCGCCCCCGCCCCCGCCGCCCCGCCCGACUACGGCGCCCGCGACGCCCAGAACUGCCGCUUCGCCGGCUACUCGCUGCACUACGCGCUGUACGCCAAGUUCCCGAGCUGAGGCAGCACGCUGCUGCGCCGCGCCCUGCGCCUGCUGUGCCGCUGCCGCCUGCGCGCCGCCGCCUGAAGCCGAGCCGAGCCAGCCGGUCUUUUUUUACCGAGUCCAGCCAUCGCAGAUGUGAUCCGGAAGUUUUUUUUUGCCGAUCUCUUCGAUUUUGUAUUAUUCAGUCAUACAUCCUUUUCCGAGUAGUUCUCAGUCCGGCACCCCGAUUGUUUUAAAGAAAUUAACGAAUAUUUUGCUACAUGUUCCCGCUUGUUCCACGAUAUGUUCCCUAGGUUUAGGCUAGAGUAGCGCCCGCCGGGCGACUCCUAUCUCGUACGAAAUGUAUGUACAAACUAAAUUUAAAUGUGAUGUAAAUAAGACUUAGCGCAGGGUGCCGAUCUAUGUGAUUAAACCAUUCCACUGUGAGUGAUCCUAAAGUGAUAAUUACCUUAGUCCGUAGUUGUCGUAUUUUCGCAAUGAAUUGACGUUUAGUGUAAAGUAACUCCAGAAUAGACGUUACUUAUAAUUAAAAAGAUAUAAUGUAAAUGAUAAUCUCAAACGCUUCUGAAUAUCGCUUUAACAGACGUAGAUUUUGUAAAUGUGAUUCUUCCGAUAUAGUCGUAGCGAAUAAUGAAGAUGUAUAGUACUAUAGUAUAUUAGUCAAUUUGUUGCGAACCUAACGUAGAAUAUAGCCGGGGUAAGGAUGUCGUGGCUGAGUGUGGGUGGGAGCCGCGUGAGGUGCCACGUGGAGGCCAGUGUAGGCCCAGUGAGGUCACACGGCCAUUAGAAAGGCCCAGAAUAUUAAACUAUUAUUGUAGGCCCGCAAUGUCGGGAUAUUUUAAUGAAGGCCCACAAUGUGGGGAAAUUUAGUAGGCCCAGACAUUGGGCCAUAAGCAAGGCACAAAAUGUUGGGCAAUUUGGGAAGCCCAGAGUAUUGGGCCAUAUUAGGUUAAGGGCCAAGCGGCAAGGCCAGGGGCCACGAGGGCACGAGCGCGGGGCCAUGCCGGCAGGCGUGGACCGACCAGCAGCGAUAGAUGUAUCGAAGAUUUCAAAUCUAAAUAAAAUUUCUUCAUAUUA